GCAAAAACCGUAAACAAUACACAUGACUGCUAUCACAAUGUCCGUACAAACAGCGGCAUUUUCUGUGUAAAACCUACAUAAAGGAGCGUACAGCUGUUGCGCAGACUAAACUAUCGAAUUUAAAUGUAACAGGUACACUUGUCAGAUCUUUCCUGCUAUUAAGCUAAUCCUACAGUAUCUGUAGUUUACAGCUUCAUAAAAUCAUCAUGAAUUUCUUUUUAUGUUCAUGUUGGUUUAUUGCCUGCAUGUUGAUCCUUCCCAGUGAGAUCAUAGGCAAAGACAAACCCGCUUCAAAAGGAACAUCCUCGAAAUCCUCCCCCAGUAACCAAUCGAAAGGAAGCGAUGCAAGUGACGCCGGAGCCGGUGAUGGUAGUAGCGAUAGCGGCGCUAGUGGCAGCGAUAGCGGUAGCAGUGGUGGUGCGAGUAGCGGCAAAGACGGUGCAGACGGCACCGGUGACAGCAGCGAUGGUGGCGUCGAUGGUGGCAGUGAUGACGGCGGUGAUGCCGGUGGCGACGGCGAUGCCGGCGGUGAUGGUGGUGCGGAUGGUGACAGUGGCGGUGACGCUAACGGGCAAAGUGGUGGGAAUAGCACCGACGAUAGCGGAAAUGAUGCCGGUGGGAAAGGCGUUGGUGCUUACAACGGCAUUCCCGCGGCAGCGGCGGUUGGCGCUGGUGCGGUAGCUGUCCCCGUAUUGCUUAAGACGGCUCAUAGUCAUCUGCAUGGAAGAGGUGGACAUCGCCACACCGGCGGGCAGCAGAGGGGCGGUCUGCGGCAUGUGGGGCGUAAAGUGAAACAUGGCCUUCAAAGGGGCAAACAACGUCUACGGGGUCGCAAGCAGGGCGGCGCACAAAAAGGCGGAAAGAAGAACUAGCCAACGGUUACGAACAAAAUGCAGUAUUUUUUGGUGUUUUUCAUUAACUGGUGUAAGGUGUAUGACGCAGUAUCAUGUAUCUGUCUGAAACGCAUGUGUCAUAUUGACACCGUGAUGUUAAUCAAAAUGCAUAUUUCUGUGAUCCGUAAACUUCAAAGUGUGUUUUAAUAUUUCCGCUGUUUAUCUGAUUAUAUAUUUUUAUACCUAAUCUAUGUAUGUACGUGCUUAAUUUAGCGAAAAUAAAAACUUUG